GGAAACGAUUACCAGAGACGUCCAUUAGAGAGAGAGAGAGAGAGAGAGAGAGAGAAACAUGUACAUGUGAAAGUUUCAAGACAAAGAAGUUCGGUGAUAAGUUUUCGGAGAAAUUUUCAGUAGGUGUCUGUUUACAUCCAGGAGUAAGAAGUUGUCGAAGUUGAGCGUGAAUCACUGAGGAAUAAGGAAGCCCUGUCAAACAACAUUUCAGGCUAAGAUGAAUGGGUCAGGAGGUUCCUCUGAAGAUAAGCAUCAAAACGAAGACGAGGUAAUCAUUGAUAUCAAAGACAAUAUUGAGCGUUGUAUUUAUAGGGUUCCUAAGAAACUUAGGAACAUAAAUAAUGAUGCUUACACUCCUCACAUAGUUUCAAUUGGUCCAUAUCACCAUGGCAAAGAAAAAUGGGAUGACCUAGAAAGCAAAAAGGAAUGGAAAUGGGAUGACAUGCAAAAGCACAAGGAGAGAUAUCUGGAAAAGUUCAGAAAGAAGGAGAAAAUCGAGAACUUCGUCAAAGAAGAGGAACAACGUAUCCGCGCUUGUUAUGGAGAAAAUUUUCAGGGUUUCGAUUUCAUAGAGAUGAUUGUGCGUGAUGCUGUCUUCAUCAUUGAACUCUUCUUGAGGAAGUACCGUGAUGAUAGAGGAGAUUUUUUGUUAAGUAAACCGUGGCUAACAAAUGCUAUAAAACUGGACUUGCAAUUACUUGAAAAUCAGCUUCCAUACUUCGUCCUGGAGGAGUUAUACGUGUUAGCCUAUGGCUGCUCCGCUAGACCUUCCUUCCUUACUCUUUCUUGCAAGUUUUUCGGUUAUAAGGAGCCAGAUGGAGGGGCCAAACAGGAUAUGGAAAUUAAACAUUUUGUCGACUUGAGAAGACAUACUAUGUUGGUCGGAGUCGAUCAAAACAUACCAAAGUCUCUAGGCGGAAAAAUUGAAGAUUUACCAAGUGCAGUGAAGCUGCAUGAGUCCGGGGUGAAGUUUAAGUCGGUCAAAAGCAAAGAUGCAGUGAAGCCGGGUGAGUCGAGGAGGAAGUGUAAGCCAGAAAAAGGUUUACUUAACAUAGAAUUUGAAAAGAGAGAAAGAGAAGACUCGUGUAUUUGGUGGCUUAGAGGACAGGUGCUAAAGAUUCCACGCCUUAAAAUUGAAGAUGGUACGGAAUGUUUGUUUCGAAACUUGAUGGCCUUGGAGCAGUGCCAUUAUCCAUUUGAAACUCAUAUUUGCAACUAUAUUGAUCUAAUGGAUGCUCUGAUCAACACGAGCAAAGAUGUGGAUUUGCUUGUUGACAAUGGAAUCAUCUCCAAUUGUGUGGGCGACCACGAUUCAAUUAAAGAGAUGUUUAACAGACUCUGCCUUGAGGUUACGCCAAGUACUUCCUGUUACGACCACAUUUGCGACGGGCUGAAAAAGCACCACGGCAAAUGGUGGAAUCGCACCAAGGCAACGUUGAUAAGUGUGUACUUUGAAAAUCUUUGGAGAGGCACUGGAACUGUUGCUGCAACCAUACUCGUGCUGCUCACUCUGUUACAAACCAUCCAAAGAUUCUAUCCGGAACUGUUUACGCGUCCAAAAUAAUUGAAGUUUUGUGUGUUUCAAGUACUUGUA